AUGACGAACAUUCUGAUUAUCGAAGCUCCGUCUCUGUUUUUUUUAAUGUCUAUGAAUGGAGAAUCAUAUGUAGUUCGAUCCCGCCCAAAUAUUGCACAGAUGAUCGCCUUGUAAACAGCAGGUCAAGUGUCAAUGGAUCAGACUGGUCAGCAAUCUUUGAUUGUAACUUGUCGUCAUAUCAAAAUGAAGCAACGAACGAUACUACUAGUUUGUGUUAGUUGAUUCGAAGGAAUGCUUUGUAGCUAUUAAUUGAUGUAUUAAAUUUAUAAAAGAAUUUCGGCAAAAAAAUGGCAAAUUUGACUGAUAGAAUCGUCGUUCUAAUCGACAUGGAUUGCUUCUUCUGUCAAGUUGAGACGAAGCUGCAACCACAGCACGAGGGAAAACCACUCGCUGUCGUUCAAUAUAAUCAAUGGGAAAUGGGCGGUAUAAUAGCUGUCAAUUAUCAGGCACGAAGUUUCGGAGUAACCAGACAUAUGAGAGGCAAGGAAGCUAAAGAAAAAUGUCCAGACAUAGUUUUAGUUAGUGUGCCAUGUCUUCGUGGAAAAGCAGAUACAUCAAGGUACAGAAAAGCUGGUCGUGAAGUUAUUGAAGUCAUAAAAAAACACUGUAACAUAAUAGAACGUGCCAGUGUUGACGAGGCAUAUCUUGAUAUUACAGAUAUUGUAGACAAGAGAUUAACUACAACUAAUGUUUCUCCAAAAGAAUUAAUAUCAUCUCUUGCAAAUACAUAUAUUGUAGGUUAUUCAGAAAUUAAUAAAAAUGAUGAAGAAGAGAGAUCUCAAGGAUUGCAGACUUGGAUAUCAGACUCUUUUAAAGAAUUACAUGACACUCAUGCUCAGAAACUUGCUGUAGCAGGUGUAAUAGUUGAAGAAAUUAGAGCUAGCAUAUAUAAAGAAACUAAAUUCAGAUGUUCUGCUGGAAUUGCACAGAAUAAAAUAUUAGCAAAAUUAGCAUGUGGAUUACAUAAGCCGAAUUGCCAAACAAUUUUACCCAAGACAGCUGUUUCAAGUCUUUUCUCCACAUUGCCAGUAAAAAAAGUCCGAAAUCUUGGUGGAAAAUUUGGUGACAUUGUGGUCGAAUCUCUUGGUUGCAAUGUUAUGGGAGAUUUAGUGCAAUAUUCUUUAGAACAAUUACAAAAACGAUUUGAUGAAAAAACAGGUUUUUGGCUGUACAAUAUUGCCCGAGGUAUAGAUGACGAACCUGUGACUAACAGAUUGCUGUCAAAAUCUAUUGCUGCAUGUAAAAAAUUUCCUGGAAAGCAAGCUAUUACCUCGUUAGAAGUAUUAAAACACUGGGCUAAAGAUCUGACUGCGGAGGUUUGCGAACGGCUUGAACAAGAUUAUGAGGAAAAUCAGCGACGCGCUACGCUACUCACUAUUUCUUAUCAUUACUAUCAGAACAGAAGUACUGUGUCACAAACACGUUCGCUUGUCUUGAAUUCAUAUAAACCAGAUAAAAUAGCAAGUCAAUGCGUAGACGUUAUUACCAAGGCAACACAAUGUCCAGUGGCAUAUAUGGGCAUUUCUGCUAGUAAAUUCGUACCCUCAAAAGAGAGUGAUAGCUUUCUAAAAUUUUUUAAAAAUGUUACGUCGAGAGAUAGAAAGAGUGACAAGGCAAGUUCUGAAAUUGAUAAAUCGGGCAUUGUAUAUUCGCCUAGAAAUAUGAUAAAUUCCUCAUCUCAUUUAGAAAUAAAAGAAGAAAAGCCAUUUACUAUUGUUAGUAAAGAAGAUUCAUUUUUAAAAGCAGAAAGGAAGCUUCAAAAAAUUAAAGAAUCUCCUAUGAUCAAAAAAUCAGUUACAAGGACUAACGAACGGAUAAUUAAAACAAGUGAGAAAAUCCUUAAUAAUUCGUUAAAUAUGAAUUCGGAAGAUUCUCCUAUAUCGAAAAGGGUUGUCAAACUGGUUCAGGUGUGCAAUGAGCGUGAUAAGUUAAAAGAUAAACGUCUGUCGGAUGUGAAAAUAAAUAAAAACGAUUUUCAAGAUUCGUUUUUUAUGAAUAUAUAUAAAACUGGAAAGCAGGAAUAUCCUGAUAAUGAAAGUAUGGAUGGAAAUAUCGAUGUGAAACAAUUAGAAUAUGAUGGGAAACAAUCUAGCGUGGAUGAAAAAAGCGCAAAUAGCAUCGAUGAUUAUAAUUCCAAUUUAUGCAUUCAAGAGGAUGCUCGAGAAAAACCUUCCACAAGUCACGCAUAUAUUCAUGUGAGUAAUAACGACGCAAAUUCUAUGAAGAAGAGCAACAAAGAAACUUCCGUCCAAGAGCCCUCGGUACGAUUACGAGAGAUAUUUCCAAAUUUGGACGACAUAGAUCCCGAUAUUCUGUCAUUGUUGCCGACUGAUUUGCAAGAGGAAGCAAGAUUAUAUACAAAAUCGCGAGACAAGAAGCAAGAGAACGUCAAGAUAAUUCGAGAUUUGCCAAAGACGGGAAGAGGAAGACCCAGCAAAUCCAAAAUCGUCGGCAAGAAUGACAAGAAUCGUAAUCCUCUGUAUAACUUUUUGAUUAAAACUGAUUCGAGCAAACACGACGUGCCUCUAGAGCGAUGCGCCGAAUGCGAUCAAGUAAUACCCAUAACAAAAUUUGACGAACAUGUAGACUUUCACGUCGCGCAAAAUUUGUACCGCGAGAUCAACAAGCCCAUAUUGGGUGAGAAUGGCGUGAAAAGAAAACUCGGAGACGCCGAAACUGUUGUUUCUUCUGGAAAACGUCCAACAUCGAGCGAUAACUAUGAGACCCGACCGAUAACUACAUUUCUCUCGUAGUUAUAUAAUAUCGCUUAUCAAAUAUUUUAUUAUUAUUCUCGUCAUCACUCAUAUAUCACGUGCCUAAUACAAUUAUAGAUAAAAAUUAUAAGAUAAGAAGAAAAUUUAAUAUGUAUGU